AGUAAACAUUUAGAGAAACCAGUCGGGGCUCUUUGAGAAGAGGCGUUUGCUGGGAUUUAAGAAGGUAUAUUUAAAUGUCACGCCGAGAUAAAACCUUAUUGGGUUUUACAAAAAAUUGGUUGUGCUGCAAAUAAGGCUGCAUUUUGAAAUAUUGAAUAAGAUUUCUGAGUAUAUGAAGAAAUGGAUGAAAGAGCCCGUAGCUGUUUACUCCGUUACAGAUUGAGACUAGAACAGGACAUCAAGCCAUCUUUUAUUAUGGAUCAUAUGAUUGGCGAUGGAGUGAUUAGCCCAGAUGAAGAAGAAAAAGUGAAAAGCUGGCAUACUCGAAAAGAGCAGGCUGUUGCCUUAAUUGACUGCAUCCUGAAGAAAGAUAAUAUUGCCUACAUAUCUUUUUAUAAUGGCUUAAUCCAAGAACAAUAUCGUGACCUUGCUGCCCUUUUGCAACAUGAUCUUCCACUUGUUUCACCCCCUAUUCAAAAAGGUUUUUCACAUGAUGAAACAGCAUAUGUUCAGACAAUCUUGUGUGAAGGGGGUGUUCCACAAAGACCUGUUGUUUUUGUGCAUCGUCCAGAGCAAAUUAAGAAGAUUCGAGAUCAGUUGUGUAAGCUAGAAAAACAUCCAGGAUGGAUUACAAUCUUUGGGAUGGCAGGUUUUGGGAAGUCUGUUCUAGCUGCUGAAUCAGUAAGAGAUGAACAGCUUUUGAGAGCUUACUUUCCUGGUGGAGUGCAGUGGUUAUCAAUUGGGCAACUGGAUAAAGCUGAUCUCCUUGCUAAAAUGCAAGCUCUUUGCUUUCGUUUGGAUCAGGACUCACAGACUUUUCAAAGACCGCCAGUAACAACAGAAGAAGCCCGUGACCGCUUGCGUUUUCUCAUGGUUCGCAAAUAUCCCAGAUCCCUUUUAAUUCUCGAUGAUGUAUGGGACAGCUGGGUAUUAAAAGCUUUUGACAUUCAGUGCAGAGUCCUGCUUACUACAAGAGACAGAAGUGUGACAGAUUCAGUAUCAGGUAAAAAGUAUGAGGUAUCUGUCCGAAAUGGUCUAGAAGAAGACAAGUCAUUGGAAGUUCUUGCACUUUUUGUGAAUAAGAAAGUGAAAGAAUUGCCAGAACAAGCCUGUAGUAUUGUGAAAGAAUGUAAAGGUUCGCCUCUAGUGAUAUCACUGAUUGGAGCUCUCCUGCGAGAAUUUCCUGAUCGCUGGGAAUACUAUUUAAGGCAACUGCAGAAUAAACAAUUUAAAAGAAUACGCAAGUCUUCUUCAUACGACUAUGAAGCUUUAGAUCAGGCUAUGUCUGUCAGUAUUGAGGUGCUUCCGGAACACUACAAAGAGUAUUAUAUGGAUCUCACUGUGCUUGAAAAGGAUGUCCAUUUUCCAGCUAAGGUACUGUCAGUUUUGUGGGAUUUGGAACCAGAGGAAGUUGAAGAUAUACUUCAAGAAUUUGUUAAUAAAUCACUACUUUUUCUUGAUCGCAAUAAGACUCCUUUCCAGUAUUAUCUACAUGAUCUGCAACUAGACUUUCUAACAGAACAGAAUCGCAACAGAAUUCAGGAGUUACAUUCAAAUGUGGUUACACAGUAUAAGAAGCACUACAAAAAUGAACAUUCAAAUGUAGCAGACGAGGAAGGCGUAUAUUGGUUUAGGUACUUAGGAUGUCAUUUCGCAAAAGCUUAUAUGAAAAAGGAGCUGUGUUCUCUUUUGUUUUCACUGGACUGGGUGAAAGCUAAGUCAGAAAAGAUGGGCUCAGCCCACCUUAUAAAUGACUAUGUGAUACAUAAAGAAAUGUUAGAUGAAGAGAACAGUGUGAUACGUGAUGAUUUCCAGGCAUUUAUUUCACUGAAUGGACCCCUUCUGGAGCAAAAGCCUUUCCCUGACGUCAUACAGCUUGGUCUUAGUCAGCCAGACUCCUCAGAAGUAUAUCGUCAAGCAAGAACUAAGGCCCUUGAAAAAGCAAACCAAGGAUCUUUUUAUUUGGAAUGGAUAAACAAAACCAGUUUAGAGAAUUUAUCGCGUCUGAUUGUACGACCUCAUACUGGAGCUGUUUAUUAUGCCUGCUUUUCUCGGGAUCUGAAAAAAAUAGCUUCUUGUGGAGCUGAUAAAACAUUACAGGUUUUCAAGAGUGAAACAGGAGAAAAUCUUUUUGGAUUUACAGCUCACACUGACGAUGUGCUGUGCUGUGCAUUUUGCCCUGAUGAAAAGUUAAUUGCCACCUGUUCAGCUGACAAAAUGGUUAAAAUUUGGAAUGCAGUAACUGGGAACCUGAUAAGAAUGUAUGAAGAGCAUUCAGAACAAGUUAACCACUGUCAGUUUACCAAUACAAAUCGGAAAGUGCUGCUUGCUACAUGCUCAAAUGACAGUGAACUUAAGUUGUGGAAUAUCAAUAGGCCUCAGUCUCAAAACACUUUGUUUGGCCAUGAUGACUAUGUAAAUCAUUGCUGUUUUUCACCUGAUGAUGAAUAUCUGGCUAGCUGCUCAAGUGAUGGAACAGUAAAGCUCUGGCAAGUCUCUGCAGCUAAUGAAUGGAAAACUAUUGACAUAAAAGAAUAUUUUCCAAUUAAUGAAGGUGACAACAAUAUCAUAGUAAAAUGCAGUGCUUGGUCAUCAGAUGGUACUCGCAUAAUGACAGCAGUCAGAAAUCAAAUUUUUGUUUUUGAUGUUGAAACUUCAUACUUGUUAUCGAAUAUUAAAACAAGCCAUCAUAGUACAAUUCAGUUUUGUGACUUCUGCCCAAGUAGUCAGCUUGUGGCUUUAGCUCUGUCACAUUUCACAGUUGAGUUGUGGGAUAUUAACUCAAAUAAGAAAGUAGCAGACUGUCCAGGACAUCUCAGCUGGGUUCACUGUGUAAGAUUCUCACAAGAUGGAUCAAUGCUUCUCUCUUCUUCAGAUGAUCAAACUGUUAGAGUCUGGGAGACAAAUAAAGUACAUACUUCAUCAGCUGCUCUUUUGAAGAGAGAUGCAAAUGUAAUCUUUCAAAAUAAUAACACAACUGUUUUGGCACCUGACAGCAAGAAACGAUUGCAGAUGAUAACAGGAAAAGCCGGUGAGAGAGUGCAUUUCUCAGGUGAACAAGAAUCCCGCAUUCGUUGUUGUUGCCUCAACAAUAAUUUGCAGACUUCUGCAUUAGGUCAGGAUAAUGGAACAGUAAAGGCAAGUCUGAUGUCUCCUACUCAGGUACUAAGGAGUAUUGGUUGGUGGACUCUUCACCUUCUUACUCUCCAAGAAACCAUCCUAGCAGCACAUGGAUUAGAGAAUGGAAACGUAAAGGUUUUGGAAAUGCCCAGUGGCCAAAUCCGUAGUAUUUUAGAAGGACACACCAAAGCUGUGCAGCAUUGCCAAUUUAUCUGUGAGAGUGAAGUUUUGAUAACUUGUUCUGAUGAUGCAACAAUACGGAUAUGGAACUGGAAAUCUAAGGAUAGCACGGUGCUUGUUGGCCACACUGAGCAAGUGAAAGAGUUCAGAGUUUUGGAUGGGUCAAAGUUACUUUCGUGGUCCUUUGAUGGAACAGUUAAGCUGUGGGACAUUGAGACUGGUAAGAUAAUUCAAGACUUCAUCUGUCACAAAGGAGCUGUUCUGGCAUGUGAUAUUUUACUGGAUGGAAACAAAUUUUGUUCAGCUUCUGCUGAUAAGAGUGCCAAGAUUUGGAGUUUCAGUACAACAUCUGCUCUUCAGGUACUUAAUGGACAUGAAGCUUGUGUUCGAAGCUGCCGCUUUUCCUGGGAUGGCACAGUUCUGGCAACUGGUGAUGACAAUGGGGAAAUUAGAAUAUGGAGUGCAUUUGAUGGACAAUUACUUCAUAUUUGCACUAGAGACAGCAAAGAUUCUUUGGAGUCCCUACAUGGUGGCUGGGUUACAGAUCUCCAUUUUUCACCCGACUGCAAGGUGCUUGUUUCCACAGGAGGUUAUAUUAAGUGGUGGAAUGUUGAGAACGGAGAAUCUUUACAAACAUUUUAUACAACGGGAUCAAAUCUCAAGGGAAUCCAUGUAUCUCCAGACUUUAAGACAUUUGUAACCAUUGACAAUAUGGGUAUCCUCUACAUUUUAAAGAAAUUAGAGUGAAAUAAUAUGUGUCAAAAAAUACACACACACACAUAUAUAUAUAUAUAUAUAUAUAGAUAUAUAUAUAUAUAUAUAUAUAUAUAUAUAUAAUACCUGUAUAUGUAAUUCUCAAGCAUAUGAGUUUCACCUCUUUUAUAAACACAAAGUAUUUUUCUACAUUUUGUAACACUUGAGAUGUUAUUCCUAUACUUUUCAUACUUGAGAAGGUAAUGUGGAUUCCUAUGACAACAGGACAAAAAAUAAUAAAUGAGUGGUAAAAGUCUGCAAAAUAAGCACAUAGUUUUGAAUUUAAUUACAGUAUAGAUAAUCAAGUAAACAUGUGCCUUUUUAAUCUCUCCUUUCCAUUCAUUACUGAUUUUCAACUUUUUGAAUGUGAAUUUAAAAAUUCCUAUUUGAUGAAUAAUAAACAAGAAUUUUACAAU